AUGUCCUCUCCAGCCGGAAUGCCCCCAGGCUUCACACCCUGGCAGGAUACGCAACCUCAACCGCCUACAGUGGCUCCAAACAACGCUGGUAAUGAAGAUGGAGUGUCGGUCAGACCUAUGAGACUCAAAGUUCUCUACACCUUCGAUGACCAAAACAAGACCAACUGCUUGGCACGAUGGCCGCAUGUUCUCGAUAUUCAAACUAUCGCCAUGGACGAGACGGCCUCAAUUGGGGUUAUUGAAUUGAAGACAUGCAUACAAGCUAUCGUCCAAUGCAGCCCGGAGCUUCUCUCAAGACUUGGCCAAGACUACACUGUCUACGCGUAUGAUUACUCCGAGUACGAUAACCCUCUCGUGGGACAAGGAAUGUUAUCUUGGGCUCUCGCAGCAGCUUCGCCGACCCCAGGCGCGCCCGCACAGCAGUCCCGGCAACUCAUUACUGGACGCGUUUGCAAAAAUAUUCUCGGUCUUUUCACAAACGGGGUGAAGGAAACUCUGGAGGUCAAAUUGCGGCUUGUACCUGUCCCUACAGUCUUACAAAACGAUUACAUGAAUACGAUGGAGAAAUACAGAGGCAUGAGUCAGGGUCCCUCGAAUGGUUUCGACCCCAACGAAUGGUCUUCUUUCUUGCAGUCGAAUCCGAACAUCUCUCAAAUGACGAACAAGAUCUCCAUUCCGCCGAAUUCCAAUAUAGGACAGAGAGAAGGAAUGAGUAUGGAGGUCGUCAAUCAGCUUCUUAAUCCUCAUCUUCAACAACAGCCAAAUAUGGACCCGUUCAAUCAGAUGAAUACCGGAAACAAGGGUAAUGCGGACAAUGGCAACGCGACUGCUGGUGGAAAGCCCAAGGCCUCGUCUCGCCCUUCUUCGAGAGCUUCUGUCAAGCGGCCCAGAGCCCGAAAACCCAAAGCGACCGCCGCUGCUGGAGGGAACACGUCGGGAUAUGAGGAGGGCACAGAUGGAGAUGAUGGACCUGCUCCCAGGAAGAGAGCUAAGGUUACGAAGGCGGAUAAGAAUAUCAACACGCCAUUUUCUGGGGAACCUGACUCACUUCGAGUCGCUGCAAGCACGGCAGGAUCCUUACGUCUUUUCAGACCAAUCGCCAUGUCACCAAAUCCCCAAGCUGGAGCAGGCAGCCAUCUUCAAGAAAUUCCACGCGCACCAACUCCUGUUCCCCAGCUACCAAACCAGCACAUACAUCGAGAUCGAGCCCCGUCUCAAAGUAAUCUGCGACGUGAUUCGGUAAUCUCACAAGUCGAGCAACAAACACAAUCACACAUAUCUCCUUACCCGCCUCUGAUGCCCGAGGAUCAGGUUAGGUAUUCAAUCGAAUCAGCCGGCCCCUCCCCAGAACGAAAUCCCAGUCCAGCCGACACAACGAUUGAUAUUGGUUCUUCUCCUCCUUUGAUGAGAAGCAGGCCACCAUCUCUCAUCCGAUCAAGCCCUCCCUGUCCAUCAAGCCCCCUAUUGCCGGAAAUGCCCAGGACAGACUCGGGUUUUAUGAGUGGGUCAUUGGAAGAUCUUUUUGGAGAAGAUGAUGAGACGAUGAAUAACGAGAAAGAGUUUGAGCUUCCCGCUCACAACCAGAGCCGCACUGCCAGACGGGUACCCACUCCUAUUGAAGAGGUUCAUCAACGCUUUGAAAUCCACGAGGUCAAUCCCGGACCGAUGGACCUUCUCCCGACUAGGAUGCCAGUCAUUGAACAUCCAAAGCAUGUCGAGUCAAAGGCUAGGGCAGCAAGAUCUCGUGCUGGUAGUGUCAUGUCGGAAGAUGGCCAAGUAUUACCACCUUUGAAGAACAUCAACAAACCGUCGUCUCGUCGAUCGACAGUAUCUCAAUCGCAGAAAGAGUCUUCGCAGCGCCCGAAAUCUCAAACGCCAGCCGCAGACCCUAAACCCGCAGAAACUCGAGUGUCACCAUAUCCUCUCCCGGAACAGCAGGCACAACAGCAGCAAGAGCCUACCCAAACUGCUCCUGCUCCAGCAGCGCCUCGAUCAAGACCUGCAUCUCGGAUGAUGGUGCGCACAGCUUCAAUGGGAUCAUUAACCCUUCCUACGGUUCCAGCUAGUGAUCCGGCUCUACCACCAUCAAAUCUGCAGCGAUCGCAAACUUGGUCUGAAGUCCCUCAUCCAGUGACCGAAGCUCCCAUGCCUCCUGUACCCGAGAUGCCUUUGAUGCCUCCAAUGUCACAAAACCCCAAUUCUAAUGCUCCACCAUACAGCCGCACCUUGACUGCAAAGAAAGCGUCAAUCAAGCAGAAAUUAGAGUUGGCAGUCGCAAAUGGAGAAAUGCCUCCAUUCUGCAGCAACUGCGGCGCCAUCGAAACAUCUACGUGGCGAAAAGCGUGGUCCCAGGAGCACAAGGGAGAGCCUGGAUAUUAUGAGUAUUCAGAUGAGCCGGGACGAGUUACUGCCGUCAUCGUUUUGACCCGGGAUGAGCAAGGCAAGCCUACAUCUUAUCAGCUUAUAAAAAAGUUCCUGCUUCCAGAAGAAAGCCAAGAUGAUUUCAAGGAAUUCCUCCUUUGCAACCCUUGCGGUAUUUGGAUGUCGAAGUACAAGACUCAACGACCUGAGACAAGAUGGGAGUCUACGCCUCAGGAGAGAACUGGAAAUGCCCAGAAAAAGAGACCGACUCAGCGCCCAUCAAAGCCGAAGAAUUCACAAAACCAAAAUCUCAUGAUGCCAACUUCGGAGGCCAACUUCCCACCGUCAGAAGCCAACUUCCCUCCUUCCGAGGCAAACUUUCCUCAGUCGGAAGCGAACUGUCCUCAGUAUGAAUCAAUGGGCCCGCCUGAAGGCGUUUCCCCCAGCGAUACCACUGGAAUGCAGCCAAGUCAAGGUUCUCAACCACAGAAUGACGGCCAGCCGAGAGGAAGUAUUCGUCCAAUAAAGCGCAUCAAUGCGAUGACAUCUGACGCUGCUUCUGCGGCUUUGAGGAGAGCAAUCAAAUCUAGUCCAGCCAGAUGGGCAGGAACACAGCACAGCCCUAUCGAUGUUGAGGAUGAUUUAGGCUCCACUCGAAGACUGCUUUUCCCAUCGCCAAGGAAGGACGGAUCACCGAAAGUCUUGGGAGAGAUUACCACAAACGUCGUCACGAUUGCCACAACCUUCCACUCGCCGAAAGAGCAAGUGAUGGAGGCACAGAACAAGGAGAAUUGUCCGCCUGCGGUCGAGGCUGACGAUGCGGAUACAGAGCUUCUCAGACUUUUUGAGGAAGAGAUGGCAAAAGGAGAGAUUGCUCGACCAUCAACACCGACAGCAAAACCAUCAUCAGCGAAUCCCUUCAAGACGCCAACACGUCAGACGCCAAGUCAUCGACCUGUAACACGAAGCGUUUCAAGGUCGAUUCGAUCAGCUAGGUCGGCAAAGUCACCCAGUCGGUUGCUUUUGUUCACAGGAACUCCUUCACGAACACCAGGUACCCGUCGGUCUCCACGACACCAUGAUCAUGUAUUCGAGUCGCCGUUUACUGCCACUUUGAAUCAGUUGAUGUCCGAAGCCAAUAACCAGACAUCGCCAGCACGAAAUGGCAUGGAGCUUGAUUUUGGCAGCCUGCCACCUCUACCAAACAUCAACCAAAAUCAAAAUAUAGACAUGAACUUUAGUCUCGAGGAUUUCUUCUCGACUGACGUUCCGAUGCCAAGUUCUCCGCCGAGGUUGUUCAACUUGUAUGAAGAUCCGACGGCGAUGGCAAACAUCAACUGGGAGGAGUUUGGGAAGUUCGAUGCGAGGGAUCUGGAGAAGAAUGGGGAUGAAGUGGUUGUUAAGCAGGAGGAGGACGAGACGAUAGGUUUCGGAGAUGAUACCGAAGCUGGAGAGGAGCAUCAGGCAGCGUGA